UAUCUUUUAUUUUAUUUUUUUGGAAGUGCUCGUGCCGCCCCCCAUGAGUCAUGACACAAAUGCCGCCCCGGGCGGCUGCCCUGUUCGCCCGUGCCUAGAACCGCUACUGAGUACUUGUAUUUCCAGUCUGGAACAAAGUUGCAGCUAAUCCAAUUUUCUGUCAGUGCUGCUGGCAGAGAUGUGCAGACAGUAUGACUAAAAGGUUAGACAAUAACAACACAAAAAAAAGAAAACACGCAUGUCAUUAGACCAGAUUCUUUGGUGCUCUGAAACAGUUACUUUUGCAGGAUGAAAUCUCACUUUUAGGACAUUAUUUUGACCUGUAGGACUUCUGUGUAUCUUUACCAGGCUCUGUGUGCUUAUCACACACACACUUAAAGACGUUAUCUCAGUUUCCCAUGAGUCUGGGCCUUUUUCUGUGGGAGUUGUUGAAUUUCUGCACCCCUGCCUGAUCUCAGAACAGCUAACCUGGCGGAAACUGAACAUCUGAGCAGCUCUAUCUCUAAUUGUGCUCAGUGAGCUGCAAGAGUCGAAGCUCAGCAAACAGCACUCAGACACCGUCAGCAGAUGGCUUCUCCAGCACAGGUGGGUGUUCAUUACUAUUACUCCUGAGACUUUAUUUAUAUCUAUAUAUGUACCAGGUUUUAUCUGAACGUUAUUGUUUUUGAUUGUUAGAUGAGAAGUUGUUGAUUUUUAUAGAAAAAGUUGAUUCAAGUGUUUCGAUAAGUUUAGAGUGUUUGCUGCGUGAACAGUUUCCUUAGCGUGGGAUUGGUUGUAAGGUUAUUGUUUUUGCUGAUGUAUGAACGAUCUAUGUUUAAAGAAUAAAAACAUCACUCUGCCUGUAAUGGAAACAAAUCAAACACACGUAUAACCACACAUCUGCAGUCACAGCACACCUUUGCAACGUCACAAUACGUAUCUGACAGGUGAGUGUGUGUCAUCGGCUGACCAUUUGCAUUCCGGUUAAAAAGCAAGAACAGGUUUGGGCACGUCACACACACUGCUCUGCUGCAGACACCUGACUACACCUGGAGCCUCCUCUAAUACAGUAAGUUAACAUAUAUGAGAUUUAUAUUUAAUAUGUUGUUGUCCAGGUUUGUCUGAUAAAAGCAAAUUAAAUAAUGUCAGUUUGUUGAGCAAAUUUUUAAUCAGGGAGUUUAUUUUAUUACCAAAGGUGAUGCAUAUUCUGAUGUAAACAACUAACUAACUUGACUCAUUCAUGAAUCUCGAUUCAUCUCAAACUAAAUGAUAAAUACCUGUGUUUGUAAGACGCAUAAGAAAGGUUUUAAAAAAUCCUUAAAGUUGUCAGCUGUGGUCAAAGGGGAAUAAAAUCCUAAGUGUUCAGUUUAUUUUGGAUAAACUGUAAUUUUAAAAAUAAAGUAAGGAGAGUUUUAAGGUUGCAGAUUGUCUUAAGUUACAACUAUUUUCUGUGAAAUUUGAUAGAAAAAGACCUGUUUGUAUUCACUAUUUCCACAAGAUACUCUUACUUCGUGGUCGGAGUGCAAUGGUAAAAUUUUUCUAACCUGAAAUGAUCAGUUUCAAAAAGAGUAAAAAACCACAUAGUUGGAAAGUUGUAGUGAAUCAUGGUUCAUCUAAAUCUGGCUGUACAAAAUGUCCAUUCUUCUACAAAGAGAGUACAAAUGAUGAUGAAGAGAUACAGAAUCGCGUCAAAGGUGUCGACUUUUCCAGCCAAAUGUAAUUUUUUAAACUAACUGUGAUCAUUAAGAAAUCUGCACGUGCGAAAGACAGAUGUCACGAAUUAUCAAUGAGCGUUGUGAUGCACUCCUGCUGUCAGUGUGUGCACACGGACCAGAUGAUUUUUGUUUGUUUUUCUCCUUUUCGCUGACUGCUUCCCUUCUGUGAAUGUCUCAACAAUUUAAAACAAUGCAAAUGUGUUUCAAGCUCUGCAGGUUUCACCAAACACAAAGCUGAGUAAGCUGUUCCUGAACCGUAAAGUGUUAAUGAAGCGUGGUUUGAAGUUAAAGAGGCUGUAAAGCAAAGCAGAUUAUUCACUUUCUUUAAUAACCUUAUUAAUGCAUGUUGAUAUUUAAUUGAUAUCUGGUAAGAGGAAAGAGGAAACAAGGAGAAAAGUGAAGCUGAUGUUAGUUUUUAAAUUUUUUUGGGCUUUAAAUUCAUUCCUCUUGUGUUGUUUUAUUUUUGAUCUUACUUUUCUUGUUUAAGGUGAGAAUGGCAUCGGUGUCGAUGAGCUCCCGCCUUAGCAAGGCUAUACGCCAACAGUACAUGAACCUGCCUCAGGGAGGGAAAUGCCAGGUCACCUACAUCUGGAUUGACGGCACUGGAGAGGGUCUGCGUAAUAAAACCAGGACCCUGGAACAAGAACCAACCAGUGUAGAAGGUAAUCAGCUCUGAUUUGACUUUACUUUACUGUAGUGGGGUGAUUCAAUGAAGUGAGCUCCCUCUGACUGUUUUUUAGGACUAAUUUGGGGCUAAAAUAACUUACUUUGCUGCUGGUUUCCUACCAAAUAGAGACAAUAUGAAGCAUUAAAUUAAGGGAUUAAUUUGUACCUAAAGAUAAUGAAUAAUUUAGAGAGCUUAUUCGUCUCAGCUGAAGGGAAAAUAGUGGAAUAGUCAAAGUGUUCAACCCUUGACUGUGCAUCGAUGUCAUCAGGUAGAGACUCCAGAAAAGGGAGGAUUGCAAAUCUACAUUGUACACAAUACAUAUGCAAGAGCAUCCUGGUGCAACAUCGGUAUAUGCGGGAUUAGUUACAGAACAAAUAUUUGUUGCUGUUCAAUAGUCUAAUACAAAUAUUUGUUUAUCCUUUCUAUUGACAUAGGUCACAGAGGUUUUUUGUUGUUGUCCAAUAAGAUCACAAACACAAAUGAAAUAAUAGAUUAUUUAAUGAUAGAUAUAGUCGGGCCAGUCCAAAGAGAAAAACUAAAGAGACAGAAAACACACAAAAAAACACAGUUAUAUACCUAAUCCUAUAAUGUGCAUUAACUGUGUGCUACAUGCAAACACAAAACUUAAAAAAUGCAGACCACACCCAAAAACAUCAAAGACACAAAAUUCUCAUGUGGUGCAAAUAAGUUAUCCAAAAUCCUUUUUUAAAAGGAUUUUUAUUUUUGUGUAAUUGUUUAGCAAUCCCAAGAGGCCAUAAAGGAAUUGGCUGAGCAAUAGCUUUAGGACUAUUGUCUCAGUAAACUCCACUACCCCAUGGUCAGACAGCAAAUUUAGCAUAUUCUACCUGAGGGGGUGGGUUAAUGGGUUAGAGUUCAAACAUAUACACUGGGGUCUAAACGUGCAACACUCUGAAAAUAGGUCAGACCGAACUGGAUCCAAAACACAGCAGCAAGCCAAAGAAGAAACUUACAUUUCAGAUUAAUGUAAGUCUGCUCCGUACGAAAGAGGAUUAGGGCCACAAGAUGAGAAAAAAGAAUAACUACAGAAGGGGGAGUUUUUUAAUUUCCAUUUUGAGAUUAAAAUUGAAAUUUCGAGAUUAAAGUCAACAUUUAAAAAAGUCAAAAUUUUGACUUUAUUCAUGUCAACUUUAAUCUCGAAAUUUCAACUUUCAUCUCAAAAUUUUAUUUUUUUAAUCUUGAAAUGUUGACAUUAUUCACGACAAUUUGACAUUUCAUAAACUAAAAAUUUUUACUUUAAUCUUGAGAUUUUAAUUUUUCAUUUCAAAAUUUCAACUUUAUUGACAUAAUUUUGAUUUUUUUUAAUCUUGAAAUUUCGACUUUAAUCUCCUUCCAGUUAUCUAUUUUUUUCUCUUCAUGUGGCCCUAAUCCUCUUCCGUAGUUCCACCUAAUUAGUAAUAUUGCAGCCGAGUUUCAGUGAUAGAGAGGUGGAAUAUUUCACAGGGGUUAUGGUUUGUGUAAAACAACUGAUUCUGGGUCUCAGUUAACCCAUGUGUUGACAACAAAAUUGUUCAGAUAGCCCCCUCCCUAAAUAUGUAGGUUAGAAACGUGCUGUACAGAAAUGAGGUCAAAUACCUCACGUGAUCACGGGAGCAGCCUCUCCAAGAGCAACACCAUGAACAUCAGUCUUGUCACCGUUCAAAUGCAAGGAAUUCACUCCAUAGCAAAGACAGCCUAAAGGGGUCUAAACAAUUUUAAAGAAGUAAUAAAAUGAAAAUCCACCACAGAAGUAGCAGAGGAAGAGAAUUACAAGCGCUCUAGUAAAGAGCCUUGUGGCACAUAAUAAGAUAGCAGAGAUGCAAAUUCUCGUACAAUUUUUUGGUGUGUUAAAAUGAAAAUCUGUCUGAUGUUUCCCAUGAGUUAACCACACUAUAACAUGAUCUCAUAAUCACCAUGUGAUGUCUACUGUGUGUUGUGCAGAACUGAGGUCAGGAAGUAUCAACAUUCAUCAAAUAAUCUUAUCAGAUGAAGCAACUCAGACAUGCUCAAAGUCAGAAAGCCAGUUCUUACAGGAUAUGAGUUUAAAAAAAAAGUGUUUGGUUAUAAGGGACCCUGGGACUGCAUGAUAAAUCCUGGUUCAAACCCCCCACUUCAGCAGAAGCCUUUCUAUAGGCAGUUAGCUGGGCUCAGCAAAAAGACUUAAAGGAUAUCAGAGGAAACAGCAAGCCUAGUCAUGUCUCAAAAAUACCUGUAGGGAGUUCUGUUGCCCCACAUCUGGGAAAAUUUCUCCUCGUGAUUUUUCCUCUUUGAUGUAAGUUGGUUUAUUUAGGUCACCAAGUGCUCAGAGUGCUUAAGAGUGUAACUCGGUAUCUUAUCUCAUCAGAUAUUCCUGAGUGGAACUUUGACGGCUCCAGCACCUACCAGGCUGAGGGCUCCAACAGCGACAUGUACCUCAUCCCUGUAUGUAUGUUCAGAGACCCAUUCACCCUCGACCCCAACAAACUGGUCCUCUGUGAGGUCCUCAAAUACAACCGCUUACCUGCAGGUACAUUUGUUAUAGUUCUGGCAGAGUUUUUAUUGGUUUAGUUACAAACGGUAAGGCCUGGACAAACACUCUGCUGUUUUUUUUUCCGUGCUGUGCAGAAACUAACCAUCGCGCGUCCUGCGUGAAAUUGAUGGAGCAGGUGAAAGAGCACGGCAUCUGGUUCGGCAUGGAGCAGGAGUACACACUGCUGGGGAUAGAUGGACAUCCUUUCAGCUGGCCACAAAAUGGGUACCCGGGACCCCAAGGUGAAUCAGCAGACACUUUUUCAUGGCUGUUUCUACCAUUUUUUCUCUCUUUGACAUGUUUUACAUCGAUUUUUCUAAUUUUUCUUCUAUAGAGGUUUGAUGUUUGCAGAGCUAAGCAUUUAGAAGUAACAUUUUAACUGAUGGAAGUUAUAGAAGAGAAAUAGCAGUUGUAGAAAUGUCAUCUUUUCUUUGGGUUAAUUCAAAAGAAACAUUUAAAUAAGUUUUUCAUGAAUUUUGUGGGCUGAUGAUUGUUUACCAGCUCUUAUGUCAGUGCAGUUUAAAUUUGUGUGUCUAUGUUAAUAUUUCAAUAAUGAAGACUUCAAGGUAAUAAAAUCUGCAUUCGUAAAUAUAACAACUUGUUGCUCAAGACGACUAUAAGAUACUGUUCAGCUCAUGUUGUUGCUCAAACUGAAAAAAAAAACUUUGCAAUCUUUCAAGCAAAAAGUAAAAACAUUGGAUUUUCUUGUGACAAAGAAGCUAAUCUAGUGACUUUUAUGUUUUCAUGCUCACGUUUUUAUGGACUAAAAAUACAAAAAUGUAAGAAAUAAUUAUGAUAUUCUUUUGUGCGUUUUGGUUGCUUUUUUUCAUCCAAAUAAUAUGUUUUUAUUUUCACAUAAAGGACCCUAUUACUGUGGAGUUGGGGCAGACAAUGCUUACGGACGAGACAUUGUAGAGUGUCACUACAAAGCCUGUCUCUAUGCUGGGGUCAAAAUCUGUGGCACCAACGCUGAAGUUAUGCCAUCUCAGGUGAGUGACACAUGUUCUAAUGCACUGAAAAAAGCAUGAAUUAGUGUCUGUUUGUCUUUUUGUUAUACGUCUUUUCCUGAUUUACUGAGGUCUUUCUCCUCUUUGCUGUUUCUUCUUCAGUGGGAGUUCCAGGUGGGUCCCUGUGAGGGCAUUAACAUGGGUGACCACCUGUGGGUGGCGCGCUUCCUGCUGCACCGUGUGUGUGAAGACUUUGGGAUAGUUGCAACACUGGACCCCAAACCGAUGAAAGGAAACUGGAAUGGUGCUGGUUGUCACACGAAUGUCAGCACAAAACAGAUGAGGGAUGAAGGUGGACUGCUGUGAGUAAAGUUGAAAAUCAGGUUUAUCAUCUGAUCAAUAAAACGGGAAUAUAUGAACCUCACCAAUGAAAUAUUAAAAACAAACACUAAAAGUUCAAAAAGAGCCUGCAUUGAAACUAAAAAUGUUAUGUAGCGGUUGUUCAAAAUCACUGUAUUGGCUUGUUUUUACUGCCCUCUGGUGGCAGAACAGUAACUGCAGGAAAGGUGGAUUGUGUAGGGUUUUAUUUAUAAGGAAAAAUAUUGAAGUGUGAUACAGCUUCUGUCCUGUUUUUGGAGGAGCAUUGCAGGUUAGGAUACAAAGAUUUGCAUUAUUGUGAGCAUUAUUUUGUAAGUCGACUAUUCACAUCAUUUUACACGAGUCACUGUAACAUCAUUUCCAUCUUCUGUUUUCCUCUGAUAACAGGUACAUUGAGAAGGCCAUCGAGAAGCUAAGCAAAAAGCAUCCCGAACACAUCCGCGUGUACGACCCCCGUGGGGGGCAGGACAACAUGAGACGCCUCACAGGUCUCCAUGAAACCUCCAGCAUCGAGGACUUCUCUGCUGGUGUGGCCAACCGUGGUGCCAGCAUCCGCAUCCCUCGCCAGGUGGGCCAAGACAAGAAGGGCUACUUCGAGGACCGCCGUCCUGCUGCAAACUGUGACCCCUACAGUGUGACCAGGGCCAUCGCCAGCACCUGUCUGCUGGAUAAAGAAGAAGAAGAAUGAUUGGAGGAGGAGGAGGAGGAAGGUCUAGGCCAAGGAGAAGUAUAUAUAGCAUUUGUCUGAUAGACCAGUAUAGUGAAAUAAAUAACCUCAAAGUGUCUCCAUGCAGGUUUAAGAGAUAAACAGAGACAGACAUGAUGUUUACUGUUAUCUCUAUAUAACUUACCUCAGUUUAUGGUCAUGUGCACAGAUAGCAACAG